CAGUAUCACUCACGGUACCUGUACUAGCGGUCACCAUGGUUAAAGCGCGGAAAUACGUUGUGAAUAAACAUUUUCAAGGAAUACCGAAACGCGAGGACUUCGACAUCGUGGAAUAUGACUUGCCGAAUAUCAAAAACGGAGAAAUUCUAGUCAAAGUUGAGUGGGUCAGUGUAGACCCCUACAUGCGAGCGUACAAUCCAAGACACAAACCACCGUACGACCAAUUCGGCUAUCAAGUGGCUGUUGUAGAAGAUUCGAAGGAUCCUCGCUACCCCGUCGGCACCAGAGUAGUCUCCCACACAGGUUGGUGCGACUACAGCAUUAUCGACACUAAUGCCACAGGCGCUAUGGGUCAAGUUUACAAGUUGCCAAACUUGAAGGGUUUAUCAGCAUCUUACGGAGUCGGUAGCGUAGGCAUGCCAGGAGCCACGGCAUACUUUGGAUUUUUGGAAAUAUGCAAACCUAAAGCCGGCGAAACAGUGGUCGUGACCGGCGCGGCUGGAGCAGUCGGCUCCCUCGUCGGUCAGAUCGCGAAGAUCAAGGGCUGCAGAGUCGUCGGCUUCGCCGGCGAUGACGCUAAAGUGGAGUGGCUCAAGGAGAUCGGCUUCGACGCCGCCAUUAACUAUAAGACCGCAGACAUCGCCGCCGCGCUCAAGGAAGCUGCCCCGAAGGGCGUGGACUGCUACUUCGACAACGUCGGGGGAGAGCUCAGCUCCACGAUCUUGUAUCAGAUGAACGAUUUCGGAAGGGUCUCUGUUUGCGGCAGCAUCAGUUCGUACAACGAUAUCGGCCUGCCACAAGCUACUAUUGUACAGCCUGCUUUGGUGUUCAAGCAACUGAAGAUUGAGGGCUUCCUCGUAGUUCGUUGGGUCAACCGUUUCCCUGAAGCGUUUGCAGAACUCAUCAAAUGGAUCCACAGUGGACAGUUGAAGCCCAGAGAACAUGUGACUGAGGGUUUUGAAAACAUCUACGAUGCCUUCAUAGGAAUGUUGAAUGGUGAAAAUGUUGGCAAGGCUGUUGUUAAGUUAUAAUUUAUGUUAUAUGAAUUUAUUCUUCUUACCUACUGAAAAUAUACAGUACGAAAAAAAGAUAAAUAGAAUAAUUCUAAAUCAGUUGCAA